CAACAACAACCGCUAUAAACAAGUCAUAACAAUCAAAUACUGUUCGAAAUUUUUAGCGAAUAUGAAAAAUUUGACCAUUCUUAUUAUUUAGAAUAUGUCUGACGAUUCUUUUAAUAAUCCUUCAAAAGGUGAACGCCACCGAAAGAGACGAAAGAGAACGUCAAGAAAUUUGGAAGAACUGGGUGAUGGAGCUCCAUCAACAAGCGCCCCGUCAAAAGACCGAGGUUUGGUGCUACAAGAUCUGCCAAACCAAAAGCCAUCAGGGCAAGUAAAAAAUCCAUCUAGUGGAAAUAGUAACUCCCUUGAAAUGAGCGAUGAAAGGAAGACUAAAUCCAGAAGGAAUCGGAAAAGAGCGCCUAGGCAAAGUACAGAAACUGAAGAUGGUCAACACAGCAUGGAAAGGAGAGGACAUCGUCGUCCACCUAAACCACGCAUUAAUAGAUCUGUUAGUGAAGAAGUUUUGGACAUUCAAAGAGAAAUGAAUGAGGCACAGCAAGGGAUGAGAAGAAUGACAAACCCAAGCAGGAAUAUGCAUGGAAACAUUGAUGGUACAAAUAGUAUUCCAAGAAAUGAACAUGAUUCUGGUAUAGCUAAACCAAGUGGACAUACAAGACAGCAUAAACCUAAAAGGAAUAAAACAAAAGAGCGUUUAUCAAGGAUUCAAAAUACAUCAGCAGAGGAAGAGAAUUACCAAGGAGAUCUUGAUGAUGAAGCCUCAUUCUACAGUGGAUUCAAGGUGGACAAAGAAGAUAUUGUUACAGAGGAAUCAAACUCCUCCAAAAUUCCUCCGCCAAUACCAACUAUCAAUUCAAGCUCAUUACUACCAAGUCAGCCACUUGAUGUUCUGUUUAUUGAAAGGAAAGAUGGCGGAUUUAAAAAGGAACAAAAAAAUCUUGCUCAAACGACAGUGAUAAAUCAUCCAAUAUCUGACGACAUUCCAAAAGAACCAACGAUCUCAGAUUUCGCAAUGGCGACACAGAGAACGUUUAAAACUUUUGCCCUAUUUUGUCAUGGCUUGCUCGCUGGUAUUGCUCUAUGUCAGUGUGUAUUUGUCUAUUCUUUGUCCAGUCACUCGGGUGGAGCGACGAAUUUCUUAUCAAACUACUACAGACUGGCACAACCUAUAGGAUCUAUCUACUAUUUCAUGUUAGCUGUUUGUACUGUCUCCGUCUUGGAUAGUUAUGGGAUGGUAAAAGCAAAGCUUGGAUUCUGUCAUCAACUGUUAUCAAAUCCCAUUUGGACAUUGUCGCUUAUUGUUUAUGUCCUGGCAUUAAUAUUCACAUUGAGUGUUGCUAUGAUUGAUGAUAGAAUAAGCCUUUAUGCUAUAGAACCAUCUCUCUGGGAUAAUGAAAAAGACAGGAAUGGUUUAGUGGAUGACUGGAUGAUUGUGAACUUGAUGCGUGUUAUUGGAGCUAUAUUAGGAUGGAUGUUGCUUGCAUGGCAGCCGGGAAAAGAUCUUUCAGAUGUAAGUUUAUUUGACGAACAACCGACGGGUGCAUUGAAUGGAUCCCAAGCAAGAAACCAUUUACAGGGAUGUAAUGUGGCACAAAGACCGCAAUGUGCUGGGUAUAAGGAUAUCAGUCCAUGAGAGAGGGAUUGGAAUCUAGUGUCAGGAUAGGGCGACAGUGGACAUAAUAAUCACGUGAAGAUGACGAACGUCGUUGGCUGUCAGCUCGCGUGAGGUUGAUGUCCAGAACCAGUUCUUACCACGGACGCUACCCCCUGAUUGGCUGUUUUCUUUCCGCCGUUGAAGAGGGGGUAGUGAGUCUGCGCAGAGUAUGAAUGCAGAAACAUGCACAUGAGAUAUUUCUUAUUUGAUACUGAUGUAGAGAAAGAUUGUAAAUAUAAUAUAUACCAUUAUGUAGUUAUUUUUCUGUAAGGAAAUGUGUAAAUAAUCUAAAAUAAUUUUAACGAGGUCUCCUGAUUAUUUAUUUUCAUAAUUUCGUUUUCAUCACGUGGGCAAUGUUUGUAUCUUUGGUACAUGCAAUGACUUGCAAAGAUGGCAAGCAUUGCAGUAUC